CCAGUCUUUCUUAACCCAUCCAAGAGGAAUAUAGAACCCUAAAACUCUCCCAGUCAUCAGUUAAUUCAAAAAGCCCUUUCAUUCCGCCCCUUCCUUCACGAUCCAGCCUCACGCGUCUCUCCCAGCAUGGCUAUGGAGGAGGUUGUGUCAGGACCCAAGUGGGUUUUAGGAGGCUUUCUGUUCUUCAGUGUCUGUAAUCAACUGUUGCGUCUAGCAGUCCCUCCCACGGCCAAGGCGACAGCGGCUCAGGCCUGGAAAUGGAAGAACACGGCCGUUUCCCUCGUGCACUCCUUGGUGACGGGGCUUUGGUCGCUCUACUGUUUCUACGAGCACCCGAAGCUUGGGGAGGACUUGAUCAACAUCUACACGAGCUCCUCCCACAUGCUGGUCUCCUUCUCUGUGGGUUAUUUCAUCCAUGACUUCCUGGACAUGGCUCUGUGGCACCGUAAGCGUUCCUCAUACGAGUUGAUGGUGCACCACACCUGCGUGAUAUCCUGUUUUGGCCUGGCUGUCUGGAGCACCAUGUUUGUGGGGUAUGCUGUGGUGGCACUGUUUGUGGAGGUGAACAGCAUCUUCCUACACAUAAGGCAGUUGCUCAACCUGACAGGGGUGAGCAAGAAGGAGCCUAAGUACCGAAUGAACUCCAUGCUCAAUAUUGGCACAUUUGUUGUAUUUAGGAUCGCUGUGCUGGGCUGGAUGACUCGCUGGAUAGUGCUUCACAAGGAUGACCUAUCCUUGCCUGUGUACACGCUGGGAAGUGUUGGCCUUGCCAUCAUCAUGCUCAUGAACAUCAUACUCUUCUUCCGAAUCUGUAUUGUGGAUUUCUCAAAAAAGAAGCACAAAGAUUCAAAAGGGAGUUCACUUCACAGGAAGAUUCUUCAAGAUGAUGAUGAAGUGAGUGCAGGAUUGGAAGCACAAGUAUGACCUCUACCAGCUUUUUACAGAAUGGCACAAACCUCCACCUCAGCUAGUUGGGAGGCGAGUGGACAUACUAAGCUAGUCUUAAUUUGUAUAUAAGUUUACGAAUGAGUCACAAAGUAAUUUAAUUUUUUUGGUAAGGAAGAAAGUCAGAUGAAUUUCCGUAGACCAAAUAUACAUGUACAAGCAUUUCAGUUGUUUUUAGUUUUGUGUGUGUGUGUGUGUGUGUGUGUGUGUGUGUGUGUGUGUGUCUGCGUGUGUGUGUGUGUGUGUGUGUGUGUGUGUGUGUGUGUGUGUGUGUGUGUGUGUGAAAUUAAUACAGUUUUUGUUGCCUGUGUUAUAUAUAUAGCUUCAUAACAUUCUCAACCAUCAAAUGUGAACUCACACAGUUAUACUACCAUACUAAGUUAUGUCAUGUGCUCUGAUCAUGAACCUCAUUGUUAUCUAAAGAAUCAUAUCUAUGAGUCUUGGCAGAAUAUUUUAGGAAAUUUUCAGGUAUUUUUUUUGUGUUAAGAAUACAACUAUGGUUCAAUAAAUCAAUAUGAGAGU